CCCAGCGUCCAAUCCAGAUGUCUCCUACGUGCGCUAUUCUGCUGUUCUUGUUGGUAGUCACGGUCAAGUGUGACGACGUGCUGGUGACCGUGCAGCAGGGCACGCUGAGGGGGACCACGGCCACGAGCAUCUACAACACGUCCUACACGGCCUUCCUGGGCAUCCCGUACGCCGAACCACCUGUGGGCGACCUGCGUUUCGAGCCUCCGCAAGUUGCCAGCGGCUGGGAGGGCGUCCGAGACGCUACUCAGUACGGCAGCGACUGCGUGCAGGAGACGGGCUCCGGCUCGGAGGACUGCCUCUACCUGAACGUGUACGUGCCGGGGGUGCCGCAGGAGGGCGCCGGGCUGCCCGUGCUCUUCUACGUGCAUGGUGGAGGCUUCAUCAAGGGCAGUGGCUCCGACCAGAAGUUUGGGCCGGACUUCCUCGUCUCGUACGGAGUUAUACUGGUCACCAUCAACUACCGCCUCGGGCCGCUCGGCUUCCUGAGCACUGGCGACGAUGUCGUACCUGGCAACGUGGGCCUCAAAGACCAGCUGCUGGGGCUCUCCUGGGUGCAGAGCAACAUCGAGCGCUUCGGCGGUGAUCCUCAGUGUGUAACGCUGGACGGGCGCAGCGCUGGAGGCGUGGCUGUCUCCUUGCAUCUCAUGUCGCCGCAGACCGCAGGUCUGUUCUCACGCCUGGUAGACCAGAGUGGUACCUUCGUCGCCGGCAUGUCCGUGGUGCCGGAUCCUCGGUACCACGCUUUCAGACUGGGUUCCGUCCUCGGGUACGAAGCGGAAAACUCUCAGCAGCUGGUGCAGUUCUUACGCUCUGUGAACGCCACUGACCUCCUGGUGGAUACGUCCCUCUUAAUGACCGAUGAGCAAAAACUGUACUACUCUUACGGCGUUUGGGGUCCUAAUAUUGAACCAGAUAUCAAAGGGGCCUUUAUAAGGGAGUCACCAAUUCGUAUACUGAAUGCAGGCACUUUCAACAAAGUACCUAUCAUGAUUGGCAUUACGUCUGCUGAGACUGGAGUCAGUAUUCUGAAUAACUCAGAUGUUGUCACGAACCUCAACGAAAACUUUGAGGCAGUGGUGGGGCCAUGCCUUCAUCUACAGACGACGGCUGAACAGACUCAAGCAGCGCUUGAUCUCAGGAACUUCUAUUUCGGCAACGGAACUAUCAGCCUCGAUGAUCCUGAACCUUUGAUCCAUCUUAGUGAAGACAUAGAUUUCUUCAACCCCACUGAUGCACUCGUCAGAAGAAUAGUGGAAGUUACCGAUCUACCAGUCUACUACUACGAGUUCGACUAUCGCGGGGUGAACGUACCUACAAACGAAUGGGGUGUUGAACACGAAGGAGAGCAAGGAUUCCUGUUCCUCCACAAUAACGGCGAUCUUAAUUAUAACUUGGACCCACAAUCCGAAGAGGAUCAAGUACGGAGGAAUAUGUUGCGCCUGUGGACCAACUUCGUAAAAUAUGGGAACCCAACCCCUGAGGCGGACCCCGUGGUGUGGGAGCCGUACGACCUGAGCAGCCGCAGCUACCUGCUGAUGCAGGCCAGCUUCUCGCUCGCACACGACAGGCUUGGCGAGCGCAUGGACUUCUGGAACGAGAACGUACCUCUAGAACCGUAUCCUGGGACCUACUGAUGGAGUCACAUUGGAAGUCACAUGGACGUUUCGAAACCGUCGUUCAGUAACUCAUGGAAAUAGCAUGAAAUAUUUUAAACUUAAUUUUUCUAAA